CGGCAGCGCGCGGGUGGGCUGCGCGAGCUUCGUCCGCGACCUGCGCGAGGGUCUCCGCCAGAGAGCGAGCGCAAAAAAAAAAAAAAAAGUAGGGAGAAAAAGGACCGCAAAACUUCCCCGCGGAGCCCGCAGGCGACAAGCGGAGGACCGGGAGCAUUUUCCCCGCCGAUUGUGUUCGUGAGACAUAUCCCCUUCGAAGAGCCGGUGGUGAAGCAGCCUGUUGCUUGUGCUUGUCUUUCCCUUUUUUGUGUGUCUGCAUCCUUCACCAUGUCGUUCAGGAAGGAGAUGGAGAAAUACCGCGAUGUGGAUGAGGAUGAGCUUCUGAGGGCACUUUCAGAGGAAGAGCUGCAGAGGCUAGAAGAUGAGUUGGAGGAGCUUGACCCAGAUAACGCCCUGUUGCCAGCGGGACUAAGACAGAAGGAUCAGACAAAGAAGGCCCCCACUGGCAGCUUCCAAAGGGACAGCCUACUGGCCCACCUGGAGAAGCAGGCCAGGGAGCACCCAGACAAGGAGGAUCUGGUGCCCUAUACUGGGGAGAAGAGGGGCAAGGUGUGGGUGCCCAAGAAGAAGGCAGUGGACCCCAUCAUGGAAGAUGUGACCCUAGAGCCGGAGCUGGAGGAAGCUCUGGCCAAUGCCACUGAUGCGGAGCUCUGCGACAUCGCAGCUAUCCUGGGCAUGCACACCCUGAUGAGUAACCAGCAGUACUAUGAGGCCUUGGCCAGCAGCACCAUUGUCAACAAACAGGGCCUGAACAGUGUUAUCCAGUGCACGCAGUAUAAAUCUGUCCCUGAUGAGCAGCCCAACUCCACAGAUGUGGAGGAGACCCUGCAGAAGAUCAAGAGCAAUGAUGCCAGUUUAGUGGAGGUCAACCUCAACAAUAUCAAGAACAUUCCGGUGCCCACACUAAAAGCCUAUGCAGAGGCCCUGAAAACCAACACAGUCGUGCAGAAGCUGAGCAUCGUGGGAACCAGGAGUAAUGACCCUGUGGCUCAUGCAAUGGCUGAAAUGCUGAAGGUCAAUACAACGCUGAAAAGUUUGAACGUGGAGUCCAACUUUAUCACAGGGGCCGGAAUCUUAGCCCUGGUGGAGGCGCUGCAAUUCAACACGACCCUUCUGGAGCUCAAAAUCGACAACCAGAGCCAGCCAUUGGGCAACAAGGUGGAGAUGGAGAUUGCCAACAUGUUGGAGAAGAAUACAACGCUACUCAAGUUUGGCUACCACUUCACACAACAGGGCCCAAGACUGCGGGGCUCAAAUGCCAUGAUGAACAACAACGACCUGGCGCGGGUGACUCGCUCUGACUCAGAUGGCUCCUUCACCCUCACAUUGUCAGUGCCGGAGCUGGAGAAGGCUUUUCAUAAAAAGUUCAAGUCGACGGGCAAGGCCAAGUCCAAGUCUAAUCCGAAAGAGAAGGCUUGAGGGGGGGCCCAUUUUCCCCAAGUGUCGGACCACUGUGUGAGGGCUCCUGCACAGGAAGAGUUUGCCUGGACAUCCCGAAAGCAGCCCGUGGUACCAUUGUCAUCAAAGCACCCCAUCGAAAGGUCCUCUCACCUUCACCAUGUGAGUGGCGUCCCUCCCGACAUCAAGGCGUCGCCACAACCCCGACGAGAGCACCUCAUUGACGAACACACAUCUGUGUCCCCUGCCGUGUUUUUAAUUGUGACAUACUAAAGGUAAUUGUGAAUUGAGACAAGUCCUUCUAAUUCUGCUGCAUUUACUGUUUCUGUUGGCUCAUUUGAGAGGUGAUCUGUAGAUCUUAAUAGGAUAUAAUUAUAUAUACAUAUAUAUAAUAUAUAUAUAAAACACAACCUGUAAUUUCCUGACUCAUUAGAAAAAUUUUACAGUAUUCACAGGGUUUCCGUUUCGAUACAUUGCAUGCCUUCGGUGUGAAAAUGAAAACAUUAGUGUAAGAAUAGAAGGGAAAUAUAAAAAUAGAAGUCUUUUCACACUACACACAGCACAGUUGAUUCAGUUGAGCACUGUCUUCAGUACAGUUACUACUGGAUGCGAUUAUGUCCAUCUGGAUCUUUAAAAAUCAGGAAAGGCAUAUUCCCAUGCUGUUGAACUCCCUUUCAUUUUAUAGAGUUUAGUAUAUUUAUCAGUCAGGUAUGUAAGUUAUUUUCUUACUGAUACUAAAUGUUAUGUACAGUACUUGGUUAUACUGAGGGGAAGUACUGGAACUUGUUUUGCAUUUAAUUGCAUUUAAGUGUUACUGAUGUAUUGUUAAUCAUUUAGCUGUUUAACAAAGCAGGUCCAGGAAAAAGAAGCCCAAAUCAAUCUGAUAUUAGUACUUUUUUCAAAUUAUGGUGAGCCAACUUAAAACUGUCCUUAUACAGAACUCAAUGGCAUAUUUAAAUGCAGUGUUUCAAUGAUUCAUUAUUUCAAGGCUUGAUCUCAGGAUAUGAUAAUGAAUCUCAAUAACGAUUGACUACUCUGUUCGUUUCACCACAUUAUUUGGCCUUCAUGUUCUGUUGGAGUGUAGCAAGUACAGUAUUUCAAGGUAGUAACUUCCCCACAGUAUAUGUCAUGUGGAAUGAGAAACAUGCUGCUGGUCAUCCAGGCUUGGCAUAUAUGGAUGGACUAUUGAGUGACUGAAGAUGUCUCAGGCAUUUAAACAUCGCACAAUUUUUCUUGAAAGAGGGUUAUAUGGAUGUCCCCCGGGGUAACAGAACUGGCCAGCAGUUGCCUAGAACCGAGUGAGAGUGAUAUUAUCUUAGUGGCCUCUAAACAGGCGCCCUGCUAAAGGCAGGCAGUGGAUUUGUUCAGGGGCCGUACACAGAUAUUGCACCUUUGUUUAUUUGACAAUGCUGUAGAGUUUUUAUAUGCAAGAUGCCUUUGUUGGGUAGCAGAGGUUUUAUUCAGCUGACUUUUGCCAUUUAUGCAAAGCUGCAGUAGGUGACUGUGGUAGGCCAUUUAAAUAGCUGUAUUAAUUUUUCAGAAAAUACACUUAAUUUGUAGAUGUUUUUAAAGAUCAGAGGUGCACAUCCAACUAGCAAGCUUUUGCCCUAUCAGCAUUGCACAUUUGUCAUAUCAGUGAGAGUCUUGCAAGAAUGUUAUAGGAAUGCUGACAUUUUCACAUUGGAUACAUUAGUAAUAUUACUUAAGGUGUUUGUGAGACUUUUAUUAUUUAGCUAAUUUAUGUUGUUCUUUCUGAGACGCUCCUAAUAAUAAAACAAUUGCAGUGUCAGUUGUGCAUAUUCAGUCAAACUCACUUUUGAUCAGUAAAUGUCUCUUCAGUGGAUUGGUAUUCUAUACAAAUUUAUUGAGUCAAAAUGUCACAGUGGAGCAUAUGGGCAUCAUUUUGUGCUCCAUAUAAGUUAUGAACAGUGUAUAGAUAUGUAUGUUGCACUCAAUGCACUCAUAUGCAAUCAAAAUCUGAGUUCAAAUGCUUUAAUUGUCUGAAUCCAGUCACAAUGUUCAUAAAAUUGUACUGUAACACUGUUGCAAUGUAAUUGCAAAACAGUCACAAAAGCAGGACCUGUGAGUCGGCUAAAUGCAUAGGAUGUGUUUGUGCUUUAAUUUUUAUGUUUUUGACAGUAUUUCUCUAGUAUGGAUGUUACGGACAUUGUGGAGUGAGUAUGACCUAAAGGGUUUGUCCUUGUGGCACAGAAUACUGUUGCACCAUUGUCAUUUAUUUAAUCAAAAUAUUCCCCUCACUCCACCUGACAACAGGAGUUCAUGUAUAUUUGGUUAGAUUUCAUUAGAUGUGCACAUUAUUUAUUGUGUCUAUUGAUAAAGUUUGAGGCUAUUAUGAAAA